UGUGGUCUUUGUUUCGUGAAGCUUCUCCCUUCUUCUUCAAGUCAUCAAAUCUGAUCAUCAUCAUCGCCAUCCUUCUUCAUGGUUAGUAGUUGCGAGCUUUGCUGCGAGAUCAUCAUCGCCAUCCUUCUUCCUCCGGUUGGAGUUUGUCUCAGGCAUGGCUGCUGCACUGUUGAGUUCUUCAUUUGUUUGAUACUCACUUGCUUAGGGUACCUACCGGGAAUAAUAUACGCGAUUUACGCGAUUUUGUUCUUGCACCGAGAUGAGUAUUUUGAUGAAUACAGACGCCCUAUCUACUAUGUUGCUUGACCUUGUGAUUCUGAUUCAUUCAUGAAAGCUUCAUUUUAAUAAUUGUUGGUGAUGAUGAUCUUAAGUACAUUUACAACUACAUAAUUUUCAUAUUAUUAUUUUUGACAUCUACAAAUUUCCA